AUGUCUCGCCAGCUCAUUUCCAGCGAGAAGUUCCCUACCAAGCCGCACAACUGCCCCGCCACCAAGGUGCCCGGUCUCGUUUUCUGCGCUGGCCAAACUGCCACCGGUGAGAUCAAGCAAGCGACUCGCACCGUCCUGCAGAACCUCAAGGAGGUCCUCGAGCUUUCCGGCUCCUCUCUCGAGCAAGUCGUCAAGUACAAUGUCUACCUCGCCGAUAUGAAGGAUUUUGCCGCCAUGAACGAAGUUUACAUCGAAUUCCUGCCCCAGCCCAUGCCUUCGCGCUCCUGUCUACAGGCCGUUCCCCCCUGGUGA